AUGUACUCAAAUAAAAAUAAUUUGAUUCCUAAACCAGCAUUACCGAAAUUAAAAAUCCCAAGUUAAUCAAAAUAAUUACUAAUUUCAUCAUAAAGAUCAAAAUUUAAUGAUGAAAGAAAAUUAGAAACAAUAGUAGAAAAAAGAAAAUUUUAAAAGCAAUUAAUUGAUGUAUUUAUUCCUUUACAUGAUGAUGCUUAAUAAAGUAUAAUAAAUUCUGAUUUUUCAAGAAAUGAUCUCUUAAAACAUUAUAAAUAAUUACCUUCAAAACCUACUUUAUUAUUUGAGAAAGCUUUAAAAGGUCUUCAUCCACUUUAAUAGAGUGAAUAUAGGAGUAAAGAGUUAAAAAAAUUAGAGAAGAAGGUUAAAGUUAUAAAUGAUAGAAAUCCGUUGUAGGAUUCAUGGAAAUCUCCAUUUUUAUCAUAACCUAGAUUAUAUAAGUCUUCUAGAACAGAUGAAAUGAGUGUUUCAUAAGAGAUGGAAUAAAAUGCAUAGAAUGUAGUAUUAUUAAAUGAAAAUUUAAAAGGAUUUGGAUCAAGAUUAAGAACAUAUUUAGACUAUGAUAAAAAUACAAUUUUUGAGAGAUAAAAAGGGAAUCCAAAAUAUUUAUAUAGAGAUAAUUAUGUAAGAAUGAUAAAAAAUAAUACAACAAAAGAAUUAGAUUUAGUUAAAGAAUGGAAUUUAUUAAUAAAUUAUGAUAAAUUAAUAGUAUGUACUGGUUUUCAAAGACCAGUGAUAAGAUUAUAAUAAUUUGGUACAAUAUCUUCAAUCAGUCAUUAUUAGAGUAUAUAAGAUUUUCAUAAGAGAAAUUUAAAGUAGACAAAUAAUUAACCUACACCUAAUUCUUAAAUAUCACCUUAAUUUAUAGUUAAAAAUUCAAGAUAAAGUAAUUCAAGCGAACCAAUAGAUUUUGGUAAAUCUAAUUAAGUAUUAUUGGAUGUAUCAGAAGUUGAAAAGAUUUAGGAUGAUGUUUAAAUAAGGAAAGAUACAUUUUUAACUUAUUGUUAAGUAUUUUGGGAUUUGAUAAGAAAAGAAGAUGAAAUAGUAGAAAGAGUAGUAUGGGCAUUUUGUAAAAGUGAUUAAUUUACAUUCACUUAAUUUAAACAUUUCUAUAAAUUGAUAGUAUUUUAAGAAGGAACAUUUGAAGAAUAUAUUAAAUUUACAUUUGAUUUCUUUAUGGGAUCAGAUCGAAAUGAUAUUCCAUUCACAGAAAUACAAGGUUUAUUAAGAUUAUUAGCAUAAAGAAUAGAUGGUAAAGAUCAUGUUUUAAGUGAUUAAAUUUUAAUGGAUAUUGUUAAUUAAAUUCAUAGACCAUAAGUAAUCUCUAAAGAUACCUUAUAAUAAUUGAUAUUUGAAGACAAGAUUCCUCCAACUGUGAUAGUAAAGAUGGUCUAUGAAUAAACAUGAUAAAAGUGUGAUUUAUUAAAUUUUAUAUUAACGAC